AUGCCCGCCUUUCCCAGGACUCGAGACAAAGUCUUGUCGAGGAGGGAGAUCGAGGGCAUGAUUGCUGAUGGCAAAUACAUCAUUAUCCUCGGCCUCAAAGUGCUAAGGCUUGAUGCCUGGGUAAAGUUUCAUCCUGGAGGGCAUUUAGCUAUCAAGCAUAUGGUGGGAAAAGAUGCGACUGAUGAAGUGACCGCACCGAAAAAUUCUCAAAAUGUGGACCUUGAACCAGGCCGAGCGGAUGUCCCAAAAAGUAGCACUACCAAUAAUCUUCUGCUGGUUAGUCAUAGCAAAUCCAGUGUUUACUUGAACCAGUCAACACAAGUCUCCGACCCAACAGACCUAUGGUCAGCUGCUUAUGAUAAGCUGAGCGACGAGGAGCAGCGUAUCUUGUCAACAGUAAGAAUCAAUGGAACGUUGAAUGAUGAAACGAACCCACCCCAGACCGCUCGCCUCAUCAGCGAGGUUAUUCAGUUAACUGAAAAGCAAUAUCAACAUUACCAGCAAAGAGUGAAUAGAAAACUUCGAGAAUCCUUUCAAAAAAUAAUUAACGCGGCGUUAUCAUUUAAAGAUAUUGUCGAUUCAGUUGUGGCGUUUGACCCUUCUUCCCGUGCAGCGAGUGCUUGGGCAAUUGUGUCUCUUGGAUUGACAGUCGCGCAGAACCAUCAUGACAUACAUGUUACAUUAUUCGAAUCAUCGGAGUACCUAGCGGACGUUCUCGCACAGUGUGCCUACAUUGAAAACCAAUUCUACAUCAAUGGUAAUGACGACAGAAAAGAUGAUUUAAAAGAUGCCAUAAUCAGACUCUACAAGGCUAUCCUACACUACACAGCACAGAUACGAACAGCUCAAGAUCCUAGUAGGGGAAGGAAGCUGCUGGAUAGUGUUACUGCCAUUACUAAGCACCCACUGACUGAGCUCCAGGCUCUAGUCGAGAAGGAAAGGGAUAAUAUAGCCCGGUGGAUUGGAUUAGUCCAGUAUCUACGCUACGAAGAAAGGUCAAACAGCAUCCUAGACCGGGUCGAUGAGCUGCUUGAAUCUAUGCAGCUUCUUACUGAACAGUUUAACUUGGUGAAUCUCUGCGUUGCAAAAGGGGCAUUUUACAACUCGUAUGAUAAUCAACAUGAGGGAUUUUGCCUGCCGAGUACCCGAACUGGGCUCCUUUCACAGAUCACAGAGUGGGCCGAGUCGUCAGACAGCAAGGUCAUAUUCUGGUUAAACGGCAUGGCGGGKACGGGAAAAUCGACCGUUGCUCGAACGAUUGCGCGAAGAUUUGAAGAAAAUCAGCAACUUGGUGGCACUUUCUUCUUCAAGAAAGGCGAGGCAGAUCGUGGUGAUGCAAAGUAUUUGAUUCCGACUAUAACAAAACAGCUCGUUAACAGACACCGACAGCUGGCUCCAGGCGUCUUGAAGGCGAUCAGGGAUGAUCCUGACAUCUCAGCAAAAUCCCUUCGGGAACAAUUUAACAGGCUCCUUCUUCAACCACUUUAUAACCUACAUUCAAACGAUUCUACAACCACUGUUAUUGUGAUUGAUGCAUUAGAUGAGUGCGAGAAGGAAGAUAUACCUGUCAUCGUUGAGCUCCUGUCACAGCUACAGGAGUCCAAGGUACUGCGUGUUCGGAUAUUCCUAACGAGCCGGCCUGAACUUCCAGUCCGUCUGGGUUUCAAAGAAAAUCAAAAUUACCAAAAUCUGGACCUGCAUGAGCUCCCCAUUCCAGUGAUCGAGGACGAUAUUCGCGUUUUUCUAAGAGAAAGAUUUUCGAUGAUAAGAAAGAAUCGGGAAAUGACUUAUGACUGGCCGGGAGAGGAGACUAUUGAUAUUCUUGUCAAAAUGGCGGUUCCCUUGUUUAUUUUCGCAGCCACUGCAUGUUUCUUUAUUGAACAAGGCAGACACCCAGAAAGACGUCUCAAAGAGCUUCUGGAAGCUCAAGCAGUUACAAAGAUGGAUAGGAUUUACCAGCCAGUCUUGACCCAGCUUCUCACGGACAAUGAUGAAGAUUCAACAGAAAUUCUGCAGGAAUUUCAAGAUAUUGUUGGUGUAAUCAUCAACCUUGUCAGCCCUCUCUCGGUUGAAUCGCUUACACAGCUCCUUCAUCUGCCCAAACGGACUAUCACUGACAUACUCGAUCCAUUACACUCGGUUCUUAAUAUACCCAGUGACACAGAAGCUCCAGUUCGCAUCCUGCACUUGUCCUUCCGAGAAUACCUCCUGACUACAGGAAACAAAUUCCAUGUGGAUGAGCAAGGAACACACAAGACGAUAGGACUGCAUUGCCUUCGUGUCAUGAGUGACGGCCUCAAACGUAAUAUCUGUGGUUUACCAAGUUAUGGGACACAGCGAAACGAUAUCGACAGCCAGGUUGUUAAUCAGCGUCUCUCCGCGACUCUGCAAUACUCCUGUCGGUACUGGGUACAUCAUUUUCGGCAGAGUAUAUGCUAUAUUUCUGAGCUCCCUAUCCUUCAUUUCAUGAGAACGCAUUUCCUCCACUGGUUAGAGGCACUGAGCCUUAUGGGCGUUCUAUUCGAAGCUGUGGGAAUUAUUGAUAUGCUCCAGAUGUUAUUCAAAAACAAUACAAACAGUGAAAUCUCAGACUUUUUGUAUGACGCAAGGAGAUUCAUCCUUAGGAACACCUUUAUGGCUAGUACUGCUCCACUGCAGAUUUAUUAUUCUGGGCUCGUAUUUUCACCUAAAGAGAGUGUUGUGCGAAAGUUGUACAGCAAUUAUAUCCCAAAAUGGAUAUAUCCAUUACCACAAGUCGAAGCCACGUGGAGCUCAAAUUUACAGACACUCAGCGGCCACUCAGAACCAGUUCACUCUGUGGCCUUCUCUCCUGACGGAUUCACCUUGGCCUCAGGCUCAAGUGAUAAUACCAUUAAAAUCUGGAAUAUGAAGACUGGCAAAGAGUUACAGGGACUCGUCGGCCACUCUGAUCCAGUUGAAUCUGUGGCCUUUUCUCCUGAUGGAUCGACGCUAGCCUCGAGCUCAAACAAGACUAUCAGACUCUGGGAUAUCAAGGCUGGCAAAGAGUUGCGGACGCUCAGUGGCCAUUCGGACUCAAUUCACUCUGUGGCCUUCUCUCCUGAUGGAUUGACCCUAGCCUCUAGCUCGUAUGAUAUGGUCAUAAAACUCUGGAAUGUCAAAGCUGGGAAAGAGCUACAAACACUCAGCGGCCAUUUAGACUCAGUUCGCUCUGUGGUGUUCUCUCCUAACGGAUUGACCCUGGCCUCAGGCUCAGACGAUAAUACAAUUAAAAUCUGGGACAUCAAGGCCGGUAAAGAGCUGCAGACCCUUAUAGGCCACUCCUCUAGGGUCUGGUCUGUAGCCUUCUCUCCUGAUGCUCUGAUAAUAGCCUCAGGCUCAAAUGAUAAUACUAUUAGACUCUGGGAUGUCAAUACCGGCAAAGAGCUGCGAACACUCAUAGGUCAUCUAUUCUGGCUUGGGUCUGUGGCCUUCUCUCCUGACGGGUCAACCCUGGCCUCAGGUUCAUUUGAUGAUACCAUCAAACUCUGGGAUAUCAAGGCAGGAAAAGAGUUGCAGAUGCUCAGGGGCCACUCGGAUACUGUUAACUCCGUGACCUUCUCUCCAGAUGGAUCAACGCUGGCCUCGGCCUCGUAUGACAAUACCAUCAAACUCUGGGAUGUCAAGGCCAUCAAAGGCAUGCAGGCGCUCACAGGCCAUUCACGUCAUGUAAAUUCUGUUGCCUUCUCCCCUGAUGGAUCGAUCCUGGCCUCGGGCUCGAGUGACAGGACUAUUAAAUUUUGGGAUGUCAAGGACGGCAAAGAGCUACAGGCACUCAUUGGCCACUCAGAUUCGGUUAACUCUAUAGCCUUCUCUCCUGAUGGAUCAACCCUUGCCUCAGGCUCCGGCAUCUCUCCCGAUGGAUCAGAAUACACAGACACAGGUAAAAACACCAUCAAACUCUGGGAUGUUAAGACUGGGAAAGAGCUGCGGACAUUCACAGGCCACAUAGAUUCACUUAACUCUGUGACUUUCUCACCCGAUGGAUCGACCCUGGCCUCAGGCUCAGACGAUAAUACUAUCAAACUCUGGGAUGUCAAGACUGGCGCAGGCGACAGGACUGUUAAACUCUGGGAUGUUAAGGCAGGCAAAAAGCUUUGCACACUAGGUUACUCGGGUUAUAUUCAAGCUGUGGCAUUUUCUCCUGAUGGAUCUACUCUGGCCUCAGUCUUAGGUGACAAGACCAUUAUACACUGGGAUGUCAAAACCGACAAAGAGCUGCAGACGCUCGUAGAACCCGCAAUUUUGGUCAACUCUACGGCCAACUCUUCACCUACAGAGAGCUCCCGCUCCAACCCCUUUCUCAACUAUGAGGAGAACCGGCAUGCAUGGAGCAUUAACCCAUCUAUGGUGUUUGAAAGGCCUCUCCUGAGAACCUGGGACGACUUUUCAGGUAGUCAGCCUGAAGCAACAAAUCGCAUGCUAUCUAGAGCUCCACGUCAAUGCUUAAAUACGUCUGGCGUUCGAAAGAAGUCUUUGACUACGCAUGCCGAUCAUAAAGACUGGACUGCGACACCGUUUAUUUCGUUCACCACAUCGAAGAUUGCUCUCCAGGAACUUGCUUGUUUCCGAGAGAGGAGAGGAACCCAAACAAUAACCGCCAUUAAUCCGAAUGUUCGAAUAGCAAAAGGUCUCCCUAUCCUCGACAUGAUGACCGAGAUGAAUUAUUAUGAUAUACAAGAUCCUUAUCGGAGGUCAAAGGCGUAUUACAGGGACCACUAUCUAUGUUUAUGGGAGGUUACAAGUGAUGAGGUUAUUGGGCACUGGGAAUGGAGCGAGCUUGUCGAAAACGAUCACUGGUAUGAGGAAAUUGUUCUGCCUGUAUUCAGGGAACAUGAUGAAACGCUCUCUUCCAAUCCUUCAGACGGAGGAUUGUUCAAUCUCUCCACUCUUUUGGAUGAAUUGCCUGGAAAUGACGAGUCUGAAUUCGAGUAUCCAUCCCUUGAAGACACGUUGAGUGAUGAACCAGACGCUUUUUUUGAAGACGAAGUUUACAGUGACACGGAUGACGAAGUUGAGGAGGCCAACGCAAUAGACGACAUGUUCAAGAUACUUGAAGGAGAUUGGUGA